CCAAUCUUUGGGCUUAAAUUUGAGGUAAAAAACCGGAUAAAGAACGGAUAAGAGAGCUCAACACCCAAAACUUAAGGGUAAUUUGCAUAAACGGUCACAAACCUUUGCACUUAGUACAAAACUUAACCAACUCCUCACCCUUUAAGGCCUUAAGCCACUCAAAUCCCACAAUAUCAAUGUAAAAUCAAGACCGAAUUGGGACCGGACCGGAUCAAAACCGGACCGGAUCAAGACCGGACUGUAUCCAAUCCAAUCUUCGGUCCUUAUAUUUUCAAAAAGACCGGACUGGACCGGAUCCAUUUGGGCCAAUUUAACCGGACCGGACCGUUUAGCCACCCCUACUACCAGCGAAUCAGGCGCCUAGGGCACAGAUUCCGAUAAUACAAUCUACAGUGCAAGUGGGUGAUCCUCAUUUGGUUUGCAUGUGGGGAGCUACUAAGGGUGGGUCACAUUCGACUGGUGGGAUGGUUCUUUUUGACCCAUAGCGGACACUCCUUAUGGCUAGAGGGGUCCAGUUUUCUCAAAUUGAUGAUCCUGUAGUGGUGGAAUUGCUUGUGCUUAGGGAUGCUAUUAUUUGGUGUGUGGAGCAAGUUUGUCGGAGGUCCGAUUUGAGGGAGAUGCAAAGGUGAUUAUUGACAAAAUUAAUCAAGCCGACACGAGAGAUAGCCGGUUGGGUGCUCUUCUGGAAGAGAUUGCUCAUUAUUUUCGUACUCAGCCUGGCUUUAGUGUGUGUUUUGUAGGUCGGGAGAACAAUAGGGUAGCUCAUUUGGUAGCUAGGAAAGCCCUCUCUUUGUAUCCGACUAUGAGUCGCUUCUUUGAUUUCCAGACCUGGCUGGUUUCCAGAAUGUAACUGUCUAUUUUUUCGAUCAAUACAUGAUAUCUUUUGACAAAAAAAAAUCAUUCUUUAUGGAAAAAUGAAUGUUAUUUCUGGCAACUCUAUGGAUCUUGCCACUUCUUUUGUUAUUUCUGGCAACUCUAUGGAAAAAAUGAAUGUUAAAUGAAUUUUAUAGUUCAUACAUAGAGAAUUAAAUAUUGGGGUUCACAUUAGAGAUUAAGGUAUGGUAUAAGUUAAUUCAUGGUCUAAAUAGCAAAAUUCUUUGAGCGUAUGAUAAGGUUAACAUACAUCAUACAUACGCUAGUUUUUGUCAUAUAUAUAUAUAUAUAUUAAUUUGUUUAUUAACUUACCAUUUUUUUUUUUUAAAAUCCCACAUAUAUCUCCUUUUUUUUACUAGAAUUUUUUCCUUUGGAAAGAAAUCCAUUUUCAGUUAUGCAUUUACUGUUUAUAUUUAAUUACCAUAUAUUUUUCUCAACAACCACCUUUCAUCUUUUAGUAUUUAUAAAGAAGCAACCCCCCGGUAUCUCCCACAAGAGAAGAAAAAAAAAAGAUUGAAAAAAAAAAACUUAAGCCUUAGUGGUGGCAAGUACUUUUGCCAGAUCUUCCUAAAGGUGUGGUGUUGUGGCAAAGCGAAUAACGACGCGAUGACGGAACAGACGACAGAAGUAGUAGCCGAGGAGAUCAGCAACAACAACGUGUCCAUUGAACUUCUCAAGGCCAAACUGGCAGCGUUUGCAAAGGAAAGGGACUGGGAUCAAUUUCACAGUCCUAGGAACGUCCUCUUGUGUUUGGUUGGGGAAGUUGGGGAGCUAUCGGAAAUAUUCCAGUGGAAGGGGGAGGUGGAGAAAGGGCUGCCAGGAUGGAAGGAAGAUGAAAAGGUUCAUCUUGGUGAGGAGCUCUCUGAUGUGCUGCUCAACAUUGUGAGGCUCUCUGAUGUCUGUGGGAUUGACUUGGGGAAAGCUGCUCUCCGUAAGCUCCAGCUUAAUGCAAUUAAGUACCCUGCUGACAUUGAUUACACCAACAACUACAGCAUCAAGAAAAACAGGGGUGCCAGCAGUACGAAAGAGGUGCAUAAAUAAAGGUGUAUGAGUAAUUGAAUUCUAAUCAAUGAGCCCAUAAAGCAAAAGAAAAUAAUAAGGCAAGAUAAAG